CGUACCCUGGAUGGAGCCCGUCUCCUGCUCGCUCGCUGAUGGAUCAGGGCUGGUGUGAGGGAAGACCCUGCACUCCAACCAGAUGGGGAGGACCAACAACUCACCACCUGGACUCCGCUUGGUGCAGUGGCUUUUUCUUUUCUUUAGGGGCUUCCUUACCUGCCUAGUGGGGUUACUUUCACCAUUGACAUACUGGGAGGGGAAGAGUCAUAUGCAUUCUGUUUGAGUAAUACUGAUAUGUUUGGCUUGGGUUUACUUCAACUUUGUUUUCUAGGCUUACAGAGGGGGUUUUUGUAGAAUGUGUUGGAAUGCAUUUACAGAUGUUUUGACUCUUUACACCAAUGGGACCUUAAUAAAUCUGAAAUCAAUUUAGUUUUUUCAAUAUCUUUUACAUUGAAAUAUGUAUUCAUAGUCCAUCAGUAUGUUUCAAAUGUUCUGCUUUUCCAUGUUGUUGUUGUUUUUUAAGGUAAAACAGAUAUAUUUGUUUCAGAAAGCUUUAACCAAAAGUGGUCUCCCCCUCACCUGUUUUGCUGUGUAGUGCGAGGGCGGUGGUUUUUUUUUUUUUUUUUUGCUGACGGAGGUCAGGGGGGGAUUAUGAAGGGAGCACAUGUCCAUCGCUUUUGUGUGGCCCUUUUUGUUGCGUGUGGGUACCUCGUGAGUACAGUGGUGCAGGUCUAGGGGAAUGAAAAGGAAACAUGCAUUCACAGGGGCUUUGCACCGCUGCAAAGGUCAUUCGGAGCAACAGAGAGUUACAGCUAGAGUUUGACAGAUGCCAGCAGUUCGGCAAUGAGGGCCAAGCACCAGAGAUUAUCAGAACUUAUAGAAAAGGGACUAAACAAUGUCUUUAAACUACAUCAAGAACUUCUAUGAAGGAUGUCUGCGGCCUCCCACUGUGAUUGGCCAGUUCCACACUUUGUUCUUUGGCUCUGUGCGCAUGUUCUUCUUGGGGGUUCUGGGAUUUGCAGUUUACGGAAAUGAAGCCCUUCACUUCAGCUGUGACCCAGACAGCAGGGAACUCAAUCUCUUCUGUUAUAACCAGUUUCGACCGAUAACUCCGCAGGUUUUUUGGGCCUUACAACUGGUGACUGUUCUCGUACCUGGGGCUGUUUUUCACCUCUACGCUGCUUGCAAGAACAUUGACCAGGAGGACAUCUUAGAGCGGCCCAUCUACACUGUCUUCUACAUCAUCUCUGUGCUCCUGCGGAUCAUUCUGGAAGUGGUGGCCUUCUGGCUCCAAAGCCACCUGUUUGGCUUCCAGGUGCACCCGUUGUACAUGUGUGAUGCGAGCGCACUGGAGAAGGCCUACAACUUCACCAAGUGCAUGGUGCCCGAGCACUUUGAGAAGACCAUCUUCCUCAGUGCCAUGUACAUUUUCACCAUCAUCACGGUUGUGCUGUGUGUCGCUGAGAUCUUUGAAAUACUUUGCAGGAGACUCGGCUAUUUAAACAGUCAAUGACCCAUCGCUUUAAGCUGCAUAGAAAGCAUACACUUAAAAACAUUCACACACACACAGGCACACACUCUUUCUCACACACACACAUAUGCAAACACAACAUCACACAAAAGCGGGGAAGCAUACGUACCUCAAGAAACGAAUGUCUACUCAGAACUGUUUUGUGGUGUACAUGAUAUUAGGAUUAUACUUGAUUACAGAAUAUACGUGUGGUUGGCUACUGGAGCACUGGACUUUUGCUUUCCUACAUGUGAAAUGAUCAUCUGAAGAUGUUUCAUAUUUGGUAUUUGUAAAUAAUUGUCAAACAUCCAUCCAACUUGAGUGACAAUAUUCUCUACUAAAGGCCAGGACUUAUAUGCUUUGUUGCAUCCAAAAGGUUUUAGUCAUGUGGCCAGUGCAUGAUGUAAGAUCAUCUGCAACAUUUGCGAGAUCAUUAUCGGAUGCCUGGAUACUACAAACUUUUGUAUGUGCUGAAGUAAUCCAUAAUUUCGGCCGUAAGUGUAUAAUCUCAGGUAGAAUGUGACAUACUGUGAAGUGACUGGAUUUGUAAUGGAUUUAUUUAUCCCAUUCAAAAUUGAUACACAGGACUAACCAACAUUUAGCUCUAUUUCUCAUGAUUUCUCUUUGAAUAGUACCUUACUAAAAUCAUUAUUUAGAGGCCUUUUUCCCUCUGUGUCACUGUAUUGUCUGGUGUAACAUUUCAUGUUUAACUGUCACCUGUGACUAUGGCUUUGUAUCCAUGGUGCGUUGAGAAAUGUUUUGAGGUUAUUUCAUUUGAGGGUGUCUACACAUUGAGGUAUCUGCAUUUAUUAAACCAGUGUAUCACAUUUUU